UAAAACAGAAAAAUUAAAAAUCGUAUCCCUCACACUCUCUCACUCUGUUCAUGUUCUUCUCUUUACGGCUGGAAACCCUAACACUUCCAAUCUCCUCCCUCCGCCCUUCAUCUUCUUCAUUAGGAGCAACCAAAGUGUUUUCCUUCCAGUAAACCGCUCCAAACUUCACUCUUCCUUCGUUGUUCACCAACGCAUUGAGAAGGUUGUCGGGAGCGUAGCGCCCUAACGUGACGGAGAAGGUGCGUUGUGUCACACCGAAGAGAAACUUCCCCUGGCUUAAAGUAGUGGAAAAAUGGAGGAAAGGUAUUGCUUGGCACAAGAGGAUGAUUAAGUAAGCAAUUGAACGUGAGUGGAGUUUCCUAUGAUUGGUGUGGGACCAUGGCUCUUUGGAAUGGCUAGUUGGCAACUUGAAUAUGUGCUGCCCAAAACGUGUUCUCACAGGGAAAGAAACCAAGUCAGCUAUAGAUGAUUCACAAGGGAGAUGCAAGAUGGAUUGAUUUGGUUUUAGUCGUCCAAGGAUUUGCUAGCUACUAGCCCUUCGAGUAUCUUGGAGACAUUGGAAGCAAUCAUUAAUCAUUCUAACUCCUUAUAGUGAAACUGAGUAGCAGACUGUUGUCAGAUUCAGGUCGUUCGGCUUAUUUCGUUUAUAGGCCUCAUUGGAAGGUUGUCAUUUAAUUGUGUCUGUUGUCGGUCUUUGUCAUUCUGCAGCUAUAGGGGAGUCUUUGAGGGGAUUCAGUCUAACUUGUUAUUUAUUGUUUAAAUUUAAGAUUUAGCACAUUAGUGCUGGAUUUGAAAUUUAUGUAUUCUUGGAAUUCUAGUUAUGAUAAAUCUCAAUUGUUAGAUUUUAUUAUUUUGGAGAUAUUGAUAUUACAGGAAAGGUUCUUUUGGAUUUAUAUAAAUUACAGAAAACAUGUAUAGUUUUGGAAAAUUGUUUCGGGAAAUGGCUUGGGUUAAUUAGGCUUGCCAGGCUAAGGUGAUAGUCUGUGCGCCGGUCACGGCUUGGGAUUUUGGGUCGUGACAAAGUUGGUAUCAGAGCUUUGGCUGUAGGUCCUAUUAGCUGCAGACAUGAGGUAGUGAUAGAAUCUUUCUAGUAAAUUGUGAACCGCGGCACAAGUUACUUUAAAGAUGCUAUUAACGCCUCAUGAGAGUCCUAAAGUUGUUUCCAAGUGUGAUUUGAGUUCGUUCCUCAUUCACUGUAUUCCGAGUCAUGUCAUAUAUUUCAUGAAUAUUCUUUGUUCAGUGGUGAUGCCACCUAAAUUAGGAUUUUCAUCAUAUGAUGAGUUAACUUAUUAGGACCCUCUUUUAGGAGGUCGUGGUCGACGUUUUGGUUUAGGCCAAGGACCGUUGCCGGUAGGCGCUGGUUGCUCAUUUUUGUAGCCAAUAUUAACGUGCUUAUAUUGAGGUAAUGAAAUACAAGGAUGUCAGAGCUUACAUUUGGUACGAAGGAAUUUUAACAUGAUUUGAAAUAAUGUGUUGAACUGGUUGUUGGGCAGAAACAAGGGAACCCACAUAAGAAAAUUUAUGAGCGUCAACUAGAGGCUAGAUAGAGGAAAGUACCAACAAGUAGGUGCCACUAGACAGAUUGAGGUUAUAUUAACUAGUCACAUACAUAUUAAAUCUCCUAAUUUUCUAGUACUAGUGCAAGGUAGAAUCCACAAAGGUUUAUUAAUGCUCUGGAGAAGCUAUAGAGAGCAUUAAGAUGCUCACACUUAAGGGCGGUAGAGUUAAUGUCAUCCAGUUGGAGGAUUGUAGCUCAUGAUUGAUCUAAUGACUUUAUGGUACGUGAGCGAUUGGAUCGCCUCUGAUAACGUGAACGAAUUUUCCUAGAAACUCAUAAAUCUUUUUCUUCUAAAUUGUUUGAUAUGACUUGGUUUAUAAGUUUGAACUGCUGGAGAAAAUUGAUUAUAGUAGAUAAUCUUAAAACUUUAUGUAGAGUCAUAGACUAGAUUUAAGGGGUCCUUACGAUCCAUUUUUCCUCAAAUGCAUUUUUGCAUGAGAUCUACACCUUGUCUUGCUUGUCAAAUGAUCAUCAUGUAGCUUUCUUUGGAGAUAGUAGGGUGUGAUAUUGGCGCAGUCAGAAAAGUAAUAUUAUGGAGGAUUGUUUUGUGAUUGUGGUGCAACUUCCUCUAGUCGUGGAUAAGCCUUAGUAGGAGCGUCUUUAGCACUUUCUCUGACCCUUACAACACUUAGUGGCAGUUGGCCUUAGGAAUUGGUUGUGACGAGAAUGAUGCUUUGGGCAUUCAUAAUCUUCGGGAAUAUAAUCAAGAGAAGUUCUGUAACCAGGUUAGUCAAAUUUGAAUUGGCUUUGAAACUUCAAUUGAAGGAAGAUGGUGAGUUUAUAAAAAAUGGGAGUUUGGAUGUGUGGUGUAAGAUCAUUGUUACAAUUUUUGUCGGAUCAGUUGGCAUAAAGUUGUCUUGUCUCUUAUAGAAAACGUAAUUACCUUGGAUUAGUUUCAGCAUGUUAGUGAAAUUGACUCUUGGCUUAGUACUUCUAUCGCGCUGUUUUGGGGAAUAUUGAGAAAGACAUGUGCUGUUUAAUAUACACACAAAAAACACAUUGGUAUUAUUGUUUUAAGGUUUUAAUAUUACUUAAUACUUAUUAUUAAUCUUGUUAUUAUACCCUUUAGUUGCUUUGAAGGAAAUGUGAUGAGAAGGUCAUGAAGUAUCUUAGAAGAGCAGUAAAGUAUUUGGUGGUUAAGGUCAAGGACAAAGUAGUGAAGUUUGAAUUACCUAGAGAGUCAUAUUUCUCAUUUAGAGAGAGUGAAGUUAGGAACAAUGCAAUCUAAUUUCAGCGGCGAAGUUAGAAGGUUAUUAAGGAAAGGUUGUCAUGGAUACUUGACUUUGGGUAAAAGGAUACUCAAGCAGCUGGAAAGAAAAAAUAGAAGAAAUUCUUGUAGCGUGCGACUUUGUGAUGAAUUUCUUGAUGUACUAAUCAAUAGACAAUAGGCGAAUAGAUUGCAUGAGCUCAAUAGUUAGAAAAGGAAAUAGGACUUGUGAUCUAGGUACCAUCAAAGGAAUUUCAAGAAGGAUAGAAUUUAAUAGAAAACUUUCAGAAUAUGUUGUGACCAUAAUGAGAUAUUAGUCAUGUUUUUAGAUUUAGUGAUGCCACUGUUGUUAUAUGGAUUUAAUGAGCUACAUCUUUAAAUCAUUCUUGAAAUAUUUAGUGAUUGUAAUUAUUGAUUAUUCUUGUAUAUUCCUAAGGAUAAGGAAUAACACUAGAAGCUUGUUGAUAAUAGAGUUUGGUUUGGGUUGCUUGUUUCAACUCAUUGUUGGCUCAUCUAAAAAAUUCAUUCUAUUUUGGUUGAUGAUGUUGAAUAUGAUCAAGGUCAAGAUUCGUAGGAGAUGAAGGUGGUAGAGGAUUUCUAAGGUGAAAAGGUUCCACGUUUAAAGGUAGACUCUCGAUGACAUUUUAUGACUUUGAUGUUGGUUGUGUUGUGUGAGCCUAAUACUAGUAUGAGGAGGAAAAUAAUAGAGGAUGCUUAUCAUUAUUUUUGAAUCAUACAUCCGGGUUUUAAUAAAAUGCAUUAGGAUAUGAAGAAAUUUUAUUUAUGGGAAAGAAUGAAGAAAGACAUAGAAAAUUGAUUUAUGAAUGUUUAGCAUGUUAGCAAGUGAAGGUUGAGCAUUAAAGCGAGUUAUGUUGCUUCAGUCUAUUAAGAUACCAUAGGGAAAGAGAGAAGGUGUUGUUACGAACUUGGUGAGAGGUUUGCUUUGGAAUAUAAUGAGUUAUGAUUUUGUAUCAGUGAUUAUGGAUUAACUGGUUGAGCAUGAACACUUUCGUCUAUAAAAGUACUUACACUACAACAUUGUAUAGUUUACCUUGGUUGAGAUUGUUUGUUUGAAUGGUGUAAGCUUGUUUAUAAUUUGAGAUCAAGGAGCUUAAUUGAAUGCAUUGUUUUAGAAGACUUUCAAAGUUGUUGUGGGGUCCCAUUUGAAUUUGGGUACAACUUUCUAUCCUUAAAUUGAUGGCUGAUUUAAGAGGAUUAUUCAGAUCUCGGAAGAUAUGUUUUGUGCUCGUGUUUUUAGACUUUAGAAGGAGUUGAGAGCAUAAUUUGUCUUUAAUGAAGUUGGCUUAUAAUAGCAACUAUUAGCCUGGCAUUAAUAUUGUACAAUUUGAGGCUUUGUAUGGUAGGGGAUGUAGCAAUCGAUAGAUUGGUUGAAUAUGGAGAAACUAAACUUGUAUGUCCAUACCCUAUCCAAGAUGCAAUAGAGAAAGUUAGACUAGUUUAGGUCAUUUGGGUACAGGUCAAGGUAAACAAAAGUAUUAUGUUGAUUGGAGGCGAAGUCCUUUAGAGAAGAAGUUGGUGAUCAUGUGUUCUUACGCGUCUCUUUAAUGAAAGAGGUAUUAUGUUUUGGUAAAAAUGGGAAGCUGAGACCAAGAUUCAUUGGACCAUUGAGGUCUUAAAGAGGGAUGGCCCUAUGGCUUAUCGAUUGACACUUCUUCCAAAUCUUUCUACAGUUCAUACAGUUUCAUGUUUACAUGAUUCGGAAAUGCUUUUAUGAUCCUUCCCUCGUUGUUUGUAAUGAGAAUGUAUUGUUAGAUGAACCUUUAUCUUAGAUGGAGUUUGUGGUAGGAAUAGUGGAUAGAAAGGGUGAGAUGCCUACAUUCUACGGACAUUGGUUUAAUGAUAGUACCCUGACAAUGAACAUUUGGAGAAGAGAUGACUUUGAAACCAAUGCACAAGACUUAAAAUUCGAGGGCGAAUUUUCUUAAGGGGGGAAGAUUGAAACGAUCCGCUUUAUAUAAAAAAAAAAUUCAUCAAGAAAGAAUAAAAGAAAAAAAAAGGAAAAGGAAAAAAAAAUUAAUUAACAAACUUAAAAAGGAAAAAAACACUAAAACAGAAAAAUUAAAAAUCGUAUCCCUCACACUCUCUCACUCUGUUCAUGUUCUUCUCUUUACGGCUGGAAACCCUAACACUUCCAAUCUCCUCCCUCCGCCCUUCAUCUUCUUCAUUAGGAGCAACCAAAGUGUUUUCCUUCCAGUAAACCGCUCCAAACUUCACUCUUCCUUCGUUGUUCACCAACGCAUUGAGAAGGUUGUCGGGAGCGUAGCGCCCUAACGUGACGGAGAAGGUGCGUUGUGUCACACCGAAGAGAAACUUCCCCUGGCUUAAAGUAGUGGAAAAAUGGAGGAAAGGUAUUGCUUGGCACAAGAGGAUGAUUAAGUAAGCAAUUGAACGUGAGUGGAGUUUCCUAUGAUUGGUGUGGGACCAUGGCUCUUUGGAAUGGCUAGUUGGCAACUUGAAUAUGUGCUGCCCAAAACGUGUUCUCACAGGGAAAGAAACCAAGUCAGCUAUAGAUGAUUCACAAGGGAGAUGCAAGAUGGAUUGAUUUGGUUUUAGUCGUCCAAGGAUUUGCUAGCUACUAGCCCUUCGAGUAUCUUGGAGACAUUGGAAGCAAUCAUUAAUCAUUCUAACUCCUUAUAGUGUAUUCAAUAAUCCUUGUUCCUUGAAGCAAACUGAGAAAGGCACAUAAAUGGAGUCUCUAGUUCUUCAACUCCAUGAAAUCUCAGCUCUCAAAUUCGGCAACUUUAAGCUUAAAUCAGGCAUCUCCUCACCAAUCUACAUAGACCUUCGCCUAAUUGUAUCUUACCCAUCUGUCCUGCGGCAAAUUUCUCAAACUAUGAUCUCCUCUGUCUCCUCCACUUCAUUUGACCUUGUCUGUGGUGUUCCUUACACUGCUCUGCCCAUUGCUACUUGUGCCUCUGUCACUCACAACAUCCCGAUGGUCAUGCGCCGCAAGGAAAUCAAAGAGUAUGGCACAUCUAAAGCCAUUGAAGGUGAUUUCAAGCAUGGCCAAAGUUGCUUGAUAAUUGAGGAUCUAGUUACUAGCGGCACGUCGGUUUUGGAAACUGCUGCGCCGCUGCGUGCUACGGGGUUGAAGGUCAGUGAUGCUGUUGUUUUGAUUGAUAGAGAGCAAGGUGGGAGAGAGAAUUUGGAGAGUAAUGGAAUCAAGCUGCAUGCUAUUCUUAAGUUGACUGAAAUGGUGAAGAUUUUGAAGGAAAAAGGAAAGCUUGAUCAAGAGAUGGUAGGGGUUGUUAUGAGAUUCUUAGAGGAAAAUCAGAAGGUUGCUGCUUUGGCAAUUAAAGCUAAGGUCAAGGCAUUGCCAUAUUUGAAGAGGGCUAAUUUGUCCAAGAAUCCAACAGGAAAGAGGUUGUUUGAGAUAAUGGCUGAGAAGGAAAGUAAUCUGUGUUUGGCUGCAGAUGUUGGAACUGCAGCUGAAUUGCUUGAAAUUGCUGACAUGGUUGGGCCUGAGAUAUGCUUGCUGAAAACUCAUGUGGAUAUUCUUCCAGAUUUUACUCCUGAUUUUGGUUCUAAGCUUCGCAAGAUUGCAGAAAAACACAACUUUUUAAUCUUUGAGGACCGUAAAUUUGCUGACAUUGGUAACACAGUGACCAUGCAGUAUGAAGGAGGGAUCUAUCAUAUAUUGGAUUGGGCUGAUAUAGUGAAUGCUCAUAUAAUCUCUGGUCCUGGAAUUGUGGAUGGACUAAAAUUGAAGGGUUUGCCUCGCGGAAGGGGUCUGUUGCUGCUCGCUGAAAUGAGUUCAGCUGGUAACCUUGCCAAGGGAGAUUACACCAAUGCUGCAGUGAAAAUUGCUGAGGAUCACUCUGACUUUGUUAUUGGCUUUAUCUCAGUCAAUCCAGCAUCAUGGCCCGGGGCACCCAUAAAUUCCUGUUUCAUCCAUGCCACUCCUGGAGUUCAAAUGGUGACUGGUGGUGAUGCUUUAGGGCAGCAAUAUAAUACUCCAUAUUCUGUAAUCCAUGAAAAGGGCAGUGACAUAAUCAUAGUGGGUCGCGGCAUCAUCAAGGCAGAAAAUCCGGCUGAGGCAGCCCGCAAAUAUCGUCUUCAAGGAUGGAGUUCAUAUAUAGCCAAGUGCAGCUAACACCUGUAUUCCUAGAAUAAACAGAUGACUAGGAAAUGACUGUAUUUUUUUUUUCUUGGCGAAGGGGAUUUUAUUUCCGGGCUCAUAAUUAACAAUCAAAUGUGAAAGCAGACCUGGAAUUUUCUAUUUCUUUUGUCCUUAGCGUGUAAUGUAUUGAAUGAUGCAUAUCAUGUUAUUUUGUAAACUGAAUUAUCCCUGAAAAUUUAGGGGCCGUCAAUUUAGUCCCUCAACUCUAGAAAUAGACAAAUGGGUCAUCAGAAAAUAAAAAUGUUCAAUUUAGUCA